CUCGCACUACAGCUGAAAGUCCAGGUUUCAGAAUCCUAGGUCCCAGGAUCCCAAGGAUCCAACGCAUGCAUUUACACCGACGCUGUUGCGACUAUCUUGUUUGUGAUUGCAUCCCACGACUCCCAUUGACAAAAUCAUUCAUCCUUCCAUUCCUGCUGACUCUAAGGUGCGCCCUUCAUUUAAAGCCUGCCGCCUACUCUCCCCCCACCACUUGACGUGGUCCGACAUCAUCAUCGUCCUUGCCCACUGUCUCUUCAGCAGAAACUAGCAACUCUAUAACUUACGUCAAACACAAGUUCGCGCCAAUUCCCUGUGUCGUCACCCCUAUUCGUCAAUUCUUCUCUCGAUCAUGGCCAAACUUGGUGCCAUCGUCCCUCUGAUCCUCACAUUGAUCCUUGUGGGCAUCGUCGCCGCGAUUGCGUUCGUCGUAUGGUCUAUCGCACACGACGUCGGACAUCAGACCAGACAAAAAUUGGAGAGGAAAAAUGUCUCAUUUAGUCGAGACGGCAUGAAGGUCGGGGUCAAAGAGAUUUCGAGAGAGCAACAGGAAGACAAAACCCAAAGUGUGCUGAUGAAGGUCUGGAACAAUGCAUCUUGGCCGGCCUAUCAAUCACGAUUGGGAUGGGGACAGGAGAGUCCAGCUGGAACUCCUUCGACAGAGAAGAGAAACCCGUAAGUUGAUCCAUCCAUUGGGGACGCAAAGAUGUAUCAAUAUGCAAUUGUUUCCUGACAUUGGGCAUAUGGACAGAUAUUCUCGAUCGUCGUCAAGUCAAGCCUCAGUACCUCGAUCCGCAUCCACAUCUACGCCCUCCGCUUCUCGAACCAAUUCUUCUACCAGAAUUAGAUGAAUCACAAACCGCAUAUCAAAGGGUUGUAAUGGGGUGUUUUCGGAAAUGUGGCCAAGCAGGACACAUGUGCUGCCUGCUACAUCGGAGCUUUGAAAGUUGCUUAGCCAUGUGCUGUUGAAAACUGGGGUUCAGAACCGGAUUUAUACCACCAGAUGAAUUAUGAGCUAAGCGUCGGCUUACGCAAUGAACGAGAUCACGACAGCAUGGCACUGUGUGCGAGUUUAUCAUGGCCUCCCCCGUUAGAGCGGGGAGUUGACUGACGGGCAGACAUUUCGACGUGGAGAGAAUGAACGCGCGCAAAUGGAAUUUGCGACUGUCUCGGAAAUCCUUUACAGUUUCUACCAAGACCCAUUGGUCUCGGCUGCCUCGAUGGUUUAGAAUUCUAUACCAAACUUCCGUUUGAAAGAUGCGAGGAUACGUCUGGGAUGCAAAGCUCGUCUACUAAGUAAACAUUUUCACGCCUUGAUGUAGCUAAUACCGACCCGUAUUCGGACAGAAAUAUGGACGGGUAGAUCCGCGGUUCGUGGGGGAGUGAAAGCGCAAACCGUGUCUGUGCUCGUGUUGUUCCAGAACCUUGAUCGAAUCGAGUAUGAGCCAGUGCCAUUUGGAUGGGAUGCCAGUUGAGGCC